UUUUCAUUCCCUCCCUCACAGCCCCAUCUCAGACGAGGACGAGAUCUUCAGCGACGACUCCCAGUAGACAAAAGCCUCCAUCCUCCGCCGGCUGGACGACCGGAAAAUCUGCUAAUUUACUUUAAGAUCGGAAGCAAACUAGCAAAGGAAUAGAACUAUAAUGGAACUAGCCGAUAGAGCCAUCGGCUUACUUCUAUCAAUUAUCAGCUUGUCCAUCUUCACUUAUUAUACCUUAUGGGUUAUCAUCCUGCCUUUUGUGGACAGUGACCAUUUCGUGCACAGCUACUUUCUUCCUCAGGAAUAUGCCAUUCUCAUACCUGUGUACGCAGGCGUGACCCUAAUCUGCUUUCUCUCGGUGUUUAUUGGAUAUGUAAUGAUCAAGUCAAAAAAGAAGAAGGCGGUAACGGCAUGGACUGAAAAACUCAUGGCUAAGAGCUUCCUCUGCACUGAUCCUAUGUCGUGGAUUCACGAUUAAACACUUGUCCACCAGAUCAAAAAGUGACCUUGGUAUGGCCUGCAAGAAUUCUGGUCUCCGUGUAUUACGCGCACACCAAUCCCCAAGUUUUGUAGAUGUCAAGUAUUUCGCAUCAAAUAGGUCCUGUUUCAUAUAUUAAGAUGGUAAGAUGAGUUUUGUAGAUGGCAAGUAUUUCGCUUAAAAUAGAUCUUGUUUCAUAUAAACAAGAAUACAACUAGAAACAUGUAAUGGUGUAUUACCCUUGGAAAAGAUGAUUCACGAUCGUGUAGCCUGGCCAGUUCCCACAGAUCUUCACUGCCCCUCAACUUUGCUAUCUCCUUUAUGUUCCUGUGGUUAGAUGAAAUUUGUAUAUUAAUAACUAUUACUGAGAAUGACAAUUUUAC